CCUUUUCACUUUUUUUUCUCCCUUUCUUUUUCUCCACGUGCACCGCACCUUCUCAUCCUGCGCGUCAUCAACCCCUUACACAACACAACAACAACAACUGCUAACAGUGUGUUGUUCCUUUGAAGCAUUGUAUUAAGUCUUCCCACGCAUUUUCCUCUUUCUGUGUUGUGUGUCUCACGUUUCAACAACCAGAAGAAGCUCUCAUGGGUAGACUUGCACCAUUAUCUGAAGAACCCAUCAAUGAAGAAAAUGAAGCAAACAACAACUCAAAGAAGUGUCUUCAAUCAUGGAGAAACUGGAACUGGAUCAAGACUCACUUUUCCCUUGUCUUCAACAAGAAGUCUAAUCUCAAGAUCCUUCUCAGUGUCUUGGGUUGUCCUCUUUUUCCUCUUCCUGUCCACCCCUUAUCACCUCUCAAUGAGGUGUCAUCUUCGGCACAGUACAUUAUACAACACUUCAGGGCUGCAACAGGGUGUAAGAAGCUGGAGGGGACAGUGAAAAAUGUGUUCACAACGGGGAAAGUGACGAUGGAUGUGGUGGAUGAUCUUGGAUCCACCAAUGGUGGUAAUAAUUUGGAGAAAGGGUGUUUUGUAAUGUGGCAGAUGGUUCCAGAUAAGUGGCAGAUAGAGCUGGUUUUGGGUGGUCAAAAGGUUCUGGCUGGUAGCAACGGUGCCAUUGCUUGGCGCCACACCCCUUGGCUUGGCGUGCACGCCGCCAAAGGCGGCGUCCGGCCACUCCGCCGUGCACUUCAGGGACUAGACCCUUUGGCAGUGUCAGGUGUGUUCUGUGCAGCACAAUACAUGGGGGAGAAACAAAUCUCAGGCAUGGACUGUUUUGUGCUAAAACUCUCAGCUGAUCAAAAGGACCUUGUUGAACGCAGUGACAACACAGCUGAGAUGAUAAAGCAUGCCAUAUUUGGUUACUUCAGCCAAAGAAGUGGACUUUUGGUGUUUCUGGAGGACUCUUAUCUGACCAGGAUUCAAGCACCAGGCUCUCAUCCCACAUACUGGGAAACCACAAUGUCAACGAAAAUUGAAGACUACAGAGUUGUGGAUGGUGUGAUGAUUGCACAUGCUGGCUCAUCAACUGCACUUAUCACCAGGUUUGGUGACAACCUCAAGACUGGACCAGCCAUCACAAGGUUGGAGGAGUCAUGGAUCAUUGAUGAUGUUGCAUUCAAUGUUCCAGGCUUGUCCUUGGACUGUUUCAUACCACCUCAGGAACUGCACACAGAUUCUAGUUCAGAUGAUGAUGUUUUCUAUGCAAACUUGUAACUCUUUACUCCUUUUAUUUUCAGCAACUAAUGCUUCAUGAUGAUGCUAAUUGUCACUUAACAUGUAUAAUAAUGUUCUGUAAUUGUAUCACACAUUCUGGGGUUUUAGAUCCUAGCUAUUGAUUGUUCAUAUGGAGUUUUUUUUGUUUGUUUUGAGUGUUGUAUUGAUAAGAUAUGAGGUUGUCUUUUGUAAGAAGUCAAAUUUGUUCCUUUUUUUUA